CCAUCUGACAGUUGUCUACGCGCCAAACAGUUCGUUCUCGUUAAUAGCUUUUAUGUUAUAGAAGUUUCUUAUCCGUUUUAACACAAAAAUAGUGUAUUUUAUAUGAUUCCAUAGCAUUGUACAAGGCCCUUAAUCUUCAAAUUCUUUUUUUUUUUGUUUUCACAAGAGCAUUGUUGGUUUGUUUUUUUUUUUCUAUCAAAAUUAAAUCGGUUAUCUUACUAGAUUGACACAAACUUUUCUAUAUUAAAUUGUGAUAAAAGAUCAAUAAAAAUGUUGAAUAUUUCGUCGUGGACCCCGGAAUAUGUUACAGCAAACGAAGAAAAAUGCGCAGAGCACCUGGCCAAAGUGGAAGUACGUAAUAGUAUUCCACUUUUGAAUUCUACCCAGUUGCAUCAUCUGCAAGAUAAUUCUUUGGUACGAUUUCGAGGCAUGAUACAGGACAUGCAGGAUCCCGAGUGUUACCUAGAAAGUUAUGAAGUACGAGAAAAAGUCGACGGGAAUCCAAUUCGAGUGCAGAACGGCAAAUACCGAGAUGUACUGGUAAUGGCCAAAGAAACAGAAAUAGUUGAUUUCAAAGGUGCCAACAAUUGUUACGGUGAGAGGAGAUCCUUGUUCGUCAUAUCGAUUCCAGGCUACAAUGAUUGGGCUGUUGCGCAUGAGAGCAGAACAAAAACAGAUGAUUCAUUCUACUCGAAAAUGUCAACUACGAAUGCAUGUACCAAACGUUCGCACGAUGAAGCCAUGGACACGGAUGAUGGUACUACGAUGCGGAGUCCAGUGAAAAAACCAUCUCGUUCGGCAGAACCAGCAGCUGGAGAACCGGGAACGGGGCAAAUAAGAUCGACAGAAAAUGUUGUCCUGGUAGAAAACAAACCGAGAAUUCUUUCUGCCGAAUAUUUACUGAAUUCCCCAAUACCUGAAAGACCAAGCAAAGCAUGUUUAGUAAAACUAUACUCAAAUUUUGAUGAACCAAAGUUGAACACACUCAUAGACGUUGUGGGAUUCCUUUCAAUGGACCCUGCGUUAGACGGUAGUACUGACCAGAUGGAUGAAUUUGAUGAUGAAAUGUCUGAAAAUCACGCAACUAAUCCACCUCCUUCGCUUAUCCCUCGGAUACAUGCGAUCAGUAUUCAUGACUUGAAGCACACUAACCCAAUGCUGCAGGAUCAACAUGACAAUACAGAAACCUCCAACUGUGACAUUUGGAAGGAUAUCCAGAAUUUACUAACUCAGUGCCUGUUCGAGGAUAAAGUUGCUGCCGAUUACUUAUUUUGCCAUUUGAUAUCCACUGUUUAUAUACGGAAUGAGUUAGAAUCCCUUGGACAAUUCAGUCUUAAUUUGGCUAAUGUACCGAUCGAGAACCUCACAAGCUACACCGAAGGUUUAUACGAGAUCCUCGAACUUUUACUACCAGCCAGUCACUAUUUCCCAAUGACACUAGAAAACAUGAACACGAAGCAGUUUGUACCCAAAAAAGAUUACGCUACGAAUAAACUCACAAGCGGUUUACUUCAGUUAGCUCCACAUACGCAUCUAGUACUAGAUGAAACUAAAUUGCAACCUGGCAAAUUGGAAACGAGUGGUGUGGAAGCAGUUCAAAGUAUUGCAAAUCUCAUCAAAACACAAAAACUUAAGUAUAACUUUCAAUUCUAUCAGCUGGAGUUCAAUACCGAUGUUCCAGUGUUGGUUGUUAGUGAGGGUCGCAGUAUGCUUCCGACUAACUGCUGUCUACCAUUAUUACCGGAUUCGGACGCCAUUAAGCUGAUCGGUGAAACGCUAAAAGCUGGCAAACAUUUUAUACAGCCCAAGCUUACGGAUAUGCGAAAGUUUCUGACCUUGCAACGGAUUCAGGAGUUUGACAUGAAAACAUUUGAUCCGGAAAUUAUUCAAAACGAUUUCAUUCAAAUGCGUAAGGAGUUCGAUGCAUCGGCAGACGAUUUACACUCACUGCUGGUACUCGCACGGUUAAUUGGUCUCUCGCGGGGCAAGAAAAUGCUGGAUCGAGAAUGCUGGGAAUAUGCAAAGCAGCUGGAACGAGAACGAAAGCGUAGAACAGAUUUGUUUGCUAAAGGAAAGAAUGAACUUUGAUAUGCAACUUUA